ACUUUCACUUUUUUUUUUCCAAAAAAAAAAAAUGGAAUACCGCAAUGUUUUUCCCAUUUUUGUUAUUUUUUCCUUUUUCAUCGUUGGCGUGAUUUGUACGGAGACUUUCUCGGCGGAGGGAUUUGAAGUUGAUCCGUUGAUCGAACAAGUAACGGACGGUCACGAAGGAGCCGAGCCGCAGCUGCUGACGGCGGAGCAUCACUUCUCGCUGUUCAAGAAGCGGUUCAAGAAGUCGUACGGAUCACAAAAGGAGCACGAUUAUAGGUUCAAGAUUUUUCAGGUUAACCUGAGACGAGCGGCGCGUCAUCAGAAUCUUGACCCGUCGGCGACUCACGGGGUGACUCAGUUCUCCGAUUUGACUCCAGGCGAGUUCAGAAAGGCAUAUUUGGGAUUAAGGAGAUUGAGAUUGCCUAAAGAUGCAACUGAGGCUCCGAUUUUGCCUACCGAUAAUUUGCCUCAAGAUUUUGACUGGAGGGAAAAAGGAGCUGUUACACCCGUCAAAAAUCAGGGUUCAUGCGGAUCAUGCUGGUCUUUUAGUACAACAGGAGCCUUGGAAGGAGCUAACUUUUUGGCAACUGGGAAACUUGUGAGCCUCAGCGAGCAACAGCUCGUGGAUUGUGAUCACGAGUGUGAUCCAGAAGAAGCAGGUUCAUGUGAUUCUGGAUGCAAUGGGGGGUUAAUGAAUAGUGCUUUUGAGUAUACCCUCAAAGCUGGUGGACUUAUGCGUGAGGAGGACUACCCUUACACCGGCACUGAUCGAGGGACCUGCAAAUUUGACAACACCAAGGUUGCUGCCAAGGUGGCCAACUUCAGUGUUGUUUCUUUAGAUGAAGAUCAAAUCGCUGCUAAUCUUUUCAAGAAUGGUCCUCUUGCUGUGGCUAUCAAUGCGGUGUUCAUGCAGACCUACAUAGGAGGAGUUUCUUGCCCAUAUAUCUGCUCUAAACGCCUUGACCAUGGAGUAUUGUUGGUGGGGUAUGGUUCAGCUGGUUAUGCUCCAGUUCGCAUGAAGGAUAAACCGUACUGGAUUAUCAAGAAUUCAUGGGGUGAAAACUGGGGAGAGAAUGGGUUUUAUAGGAUCUGCAGGGGUCGUAAUAUUUGUGGAGUAGAUUCCAUGGUUUCAACUGUUGCUGCCGUUAAUACCAACUCAGAGUAGGGUUGGGAGCAGAGCUCUUCUUUUACGAACAGUUGCUUUGUAUAUAUGUAUCUCGUUACAAUUAAUUUGGGUUCAUUAUGUUUCUCAAUCGGGUUUACACCUUUUUUUAUGAAAUUCUUAGCUUUUAUUCCCCCUCA